AUGACAGAAGAUGCAGUGACAAGGGGCUCAGCCUCAAACCUGUCAGCCUCAAACCUGUCAGCCGCAAACCUGUCAGCCGAAAAUCCGUCCAACCAGUGUCCUUCAACCGUACAAGAAAUUGCAAGCAAAAGAAGCAGCGACCCUGCACAGGGAGCUCCUCCUUGUACUUCCACAGCAGCAGUCCCUAUGGCAGAAGCCUUUCAUUGGCAGGGCAGCCGCAAUGUGAACAAUGCAAAUUCAACCAGUAAUCAAAAGGCUGCCUAUCCACCAAAGGCUGUUCCUUCCACACACCAUAGUCCCGCCAGCGGGUUCUCGGUUGACCAGUCGGAACAGACAACCCGAUCCAGCAACUUUGGGCAGUCAAUGGCUGAAAUCGCUCAACUUUGUGGUUGCACAGAAGGUUCCCGUCGUUGCCCUGCUUGCGGAGGUCAGUUUGUAGAAGCGGUGACGCCAUCGUGUACGACUUGCUGUAAUGGUAGUUGUUUCUGUUAG